AUGGAAGCGCCAGCGAUGAUCCCGCGCAAGAGGCGAGGCUUUCGCAGGCCGUCGCUCAAUCCCGACUCCACUGCUCGCAAGAAGCUCAAGUUCAAGGAUCAGGUAUCGCUGGAUAUAGUUUCGGCAGAUUUCCUGCUACCAAAUGGCGAGGUUGUGAGCGGCGUGGAGAUCAAGAGAUCUUCCUACGAAAAUGUGGAUGCCUUGCUCGACGAUCUUGCGGAGCGGCCUGCAGAUGGUCCCGAUGGGGUGCGGAAGCUCGAUUGGAGCAAGGAAAUGUGGAUCGAGGAUGAGAGUGGCGAAAGAAUCGAUGAUAUCGAGCAGCUUUUCUCCGAGGGCGCGCGGAGGAAGAUCCUUGUCCAGGAUGGGAACAAGCGCACGGUUCACCGGUAUUGGUGGAACGUGACACCAGAAGUUGAAAUGCUAGAGAGGCUCCCGGACGGAUACACGCUAGAGACAGCUCUAGCCGAUCAUGUGGACAACGCACUGCAAGCAGUGUGGGAGAAUCAACCAGGUUUCAGGCGACUCGUCAGCGUGGAGAUUGAUCAAGAUACCAUUACAAUCUUUGAUACGGGAAUGGGAAUGGAUGCCACGGCUCAAGAUUCAAUCGAGAAAUGGGGAACCGUGGGAGCUUCCAAUCACCGGAAUGUUCAUCGACAGGGAAUUGGCGGCGAUCCUCCAUUUCUCAAGCCUUAUCUUGGGAAGUACGGUGCUGGAGGGGUCGCUGCUGCUCUCUUCCUUGGCUUGUCUGUGGAAGUUCGCUCGAAGACGAGGAAGUCGAAGCGAGUGGUCAGCCUCAAAUUCAGCAAAGCUGCAAUGGAAACAGGAGGAGGCAGUCGGAUUUGGAGAACCCGCGGAGGCUUUCAUCUGAUGACUGAGGAGGAGGCUAAGAAGUCACCUCACGGAAGUUUUACUUGUGUGAAGAUAUCUGACCUGAAAUCUUCUGCGUGUAUCGAAGGACAACGGCAGUACUGGGUCUUGAAGCAAGUGAAGCAAAUGCUCAAAGACAUAUAUUCUCUGUAUAUCCAGUACGAUGGUGUUGGGAGCUCGAGUGGAACUAUGACUCCUGUUGAGUUUGAGGUGAACGGAGAGAAUUUGCUGGAGGAGCUUGGCGGCGAGAUUACAAGCUGCAACCAGCACUCUUCCCCUGGAGAACCGUUUAUUCUAGAUCUGCGCCUUGUUUCUGCGUCUUCGGAGGAAGCCCAUGCACGUUUGACAUGCCAGUACUUUCCAAGCAUCAAGGGAAGGGAAAAGCUGAGUGACGUCAUUGAAGAUCUAAAGAGUUGCAGAAAAGACUUCAAGGAAAACUUCGACACAUUUCCCAGGGUGGGACUGAGAUGGUUGGGACGACUUCUGCCGAAUGCAAGAUGGAAUAGCAUGCCGUUUAUGGAUGCAGCUUCUAAAAAGAGUGUGCUACGCUGGAUAAAGAGGGUGAAAGUGUUUGCAGAUGUGGAUGCAGGGUUCCAUCCAACCCCAAGCAAGACGAAACUUGUGGAGGAUCAUCCUUUUACGACUGCGUUAAAGCAACUUGGCAGCAUGGAAGAGGAUACAGUCCCAGCAGACGUGAAAACAACGAUAUACUUUCAAAGCAAGGUGUUGGAGCCUCCUCAGGUCAUUGCCGAAUUUGCAAACUGGACGAAGAGAAUGCAUGAAGAAUUUGACCGGGAGGUCGAAUUUGGAGACGAUCCCACAUACGUCAUUGGCCAAAGUGAAUUGAAAAGGCUUCUAAAGGUCGAAAAAGAAGUUCUCUGUUUUCACAAGUGCCUCAAAGAUCCGCGUGGGGACUGGAGAGCGGGCGAUAUGGUGAAGCUACAGAAAGAGCUAUACAAAGGCAAGCAAAAUUUCUACGGUGUCAUCGAGUGGUUCUUCUGCGAUGGAAUCGACGAACAAUACGGGGAAGUGAAGAUGGUUUGCAGGCCCGUGGAGCUACUGACUACGGAAGAAGAGAGCAAGAUUGAGACGGCACAGAUUUGCAGCUUCAAGCUCAACAGGUGCAGGUGGUUUCCUUGCAGCGUUCUGAAUUCGGAGAAGUGCCACCGCAUGACUCCAAGUGAGUGGCAUACACAGGAGAAUCGGCUGAAGGGAAAGCUGCCGGCAUUCGUAGAGCUUCUCAACAACGACGACAGGCGAGUGUUUGGGGGGAAACAUCUGCAUCGGAGUAACCUCACGUUCGAAGCGGGAUACGUGCUCCAAAUCGACUCGUUUCUGGUCGUGGUGCGUCCACAGCAAGGCACUGGAGCGAGUUGCAAGCAAGCGGCGAUUGUUGCAGACCCCCACCGGAUGAAGGCGGAAGUGCAUUUCUCGUCGAAAGAUCGUGACGAGACGAAGAUGCAAGGGUGCUACUACGCGGAGGUUGAAGCCAGAAACGGUAUCAAGGGAAUCUAUGCCUUCGCUGCGGGCACAAUCUUUCCAGAUCUUUGCAAGGCUGGGAAGUACAAGGUGGAGUUCUCGAUUGAUGGGCAUCCGGACCUUAAGCCAGCAGUUUGGGAGGUGAAUAUCAAAUCCUUGGAGUUCGUUUCCAGAUGGCAUGUUGAUACCAAGGCAUGCACCGGGAUUACCUUGGAGGAGCUAGUAACGCAGAACUUUACUGUUCAGGGAUUUGACACCUACGACAAUCUGGUGCCAUUCUCACAGCCUUGUCCGAAUUUGUGCAUGGUUCUCGAGACAUUGGAGAGCACGAGGCUUAGUACAGUUUCGCUUGGACGUGAGAGCGUGAGCUUUUCCCAAAAGAAGGACAAAAUGAAUGUCGGAAACUUCAUAGUUCGGGGCUGCAUACUGCCGGCUCACGACGCUCGUCUAUGCUUCUACGUUGGAAACCAGAAGCUUGGACACUGGAGAUGUCAAGUUUAUCCUGGCAAGCUUGCACGACUGGAGCUUGUGAAUAGCUCUCUCGAGCUCGCUCCUUCUGGAUCGAUGUUUUGCGUCAAGCAACCACUGGAUCCCGACAGUUACUUCCCGUGCAUGGUGUUCAAGGGAUUCGAUGAAUGGGGAAACUCCGUUAGGCAGGGAACUCGGAUGCGUCUCCAGCUAUCUGGCGUACACCUCUCACAGCAAGAAGUCGAAACUGAUGGAGCCGGCAUUGUUCGCUUGAGCGAACUCAGAGUCGCAAAGGAAUACAACUUGACAGGUUCCAUCGUUCUUUCUUCGGAGGACGACAUCGUAAUGUUCGAAAUAGUUUUCAAGGGCGCUAGUCGAACCUUGAAAUUUGCAUUUGAGCAACCAAAAAGAUCUUACAUUGGACGGGAAGUUACCGGACUCAACGUUCAUGUUGUGGACGAAGCUGGUAACGUCGACACAGCAAUAGGAGGCACAAUCUCAAUGAGCUGGGACAAAGACAUUUGCUAUGUCGUCAACAAGGGACAGUGUCAGCUAAGGGGACUCACUGUGCCAAAGACUCCUGGAUUGUGGGAAGGACGAGCAUGGCACUCGGACUAUCAACUUAUGAGCUUAGCUUUCGAGAUUCAAGUUGAACUGGCGGCUGCUUGUAAACUUGUUUGUGAAGCACAAGUAAUUGCCGGAGGCUGCGGGGAAGAAAUAGCUCUCAAGUUUGAAGCACGCGACGAGCUCAACCUUCCUGGAUUUCUGAGCAAUGAAAUCGUCGAACAGAUGGAAGUGGAGGUGUUUCCCGAGGAAGACUACCUCACCGAUGAGAAUGUGCUGCUCAGCAGAAGAAUUUCAAGUACAGAAGACAUGAAGUACAGCCUCAGGGUUGUUCUCGACGGAAAAGAAGGCUUCUACGUCGUCACGUUGAAGAACGCUAUGCAAGCUUUGAGCUGGAGAGUGUAUCUUGGCUGUGGAGACGUUCACAGAUUGGUCCCAUUCUGUGGAAAGCGUAACGAGCUGCUCAAAGCUCUCAUGACAGCUGAUGCGGGCCGCCGGUUCUCGGUUUGUAGGCGUAGCUUUUUUCCGGAGCUACAAGUUUGUCUGGUGGAUCACAAGGACAACGUUUGUAACAGCGGCUACAAAGCCGAAGAAGUUUCUCUAGAGAUCUUGGUUCCAGACACUUGUGAAAGACUUGAGAAAGUGGCAUACGCGACGGAUGGUUUUGCUGCAUUUCAAAGCUUCUGGGUUGACAUGCCGCUGGGCGUCUACAACUUGGUGAUCAGAGCAUCUUCGAAGCAAGUCUCGGUCCUGUUGGAAGUCACUCCUGGAAACAAUCCAACGUUGCUACGGCUCCUCGGCGAGACUCCUCGUGAGCUCACACUGUCGGACAGGGAUGACGAGCAGCAAGUCGUGCCGGAAAUGCGGGUUCUGGUGGAAUGUGAAGACGGUCGCCCCCUACAGGCCUUGCAGCAGCUCACCGUCUCGAUCUGGGAUCCGCUCGGGAAGAACUGCUCGACAAAGUCUGGAGAGAGAGACGACGAAGCAUCUGUCUAUGUUUUCCAAGGCGUGGUGGUACCGGCGAGAGCAGGACCUUACGUCCUCAAGUUUGUGCUCGAAGGCAGCGACGAAGUGACCCCGAUCAAGUGGCAGCUUAACGUGGUACAUGGAAGGCCGUAUAGGCUCAAGUUUAACAUGGAGCAGGAAAAUACCGACGUGGUGGUGGUGGACGUCGUGGAUAUUCAUGACAACAGGUGCUUCGGUUGUCGAGAGAUCCCACUUCGUGGCACUCUCACGCUGCAGCGCGCUUCCAAGCCUGCGAUCUGUUGCGUGACCGCAAUAGAUGGGCAGGCUACUUUCAGUGAUCUCGAAAUCAUGCCAGAGUUGUUUACGUUCGAGGUAUGUGCUAUUGGAGCCGAGUUUAACGACGUCAAGAGUGCUACUUCUCGUUUGGCUGUUCUUCGAGGCAACUAUUCUCGCGAACAAGUGGAGAAGCACUUGUACCAGUACAUUGUAGAACAAUCCGAAACGAUGAUCAAAAGUAUUGGCUGUGGCCUGAAAGAAUGCCAUAAAGCUCUCAAAAAUCUUCCAAAUAAGCUGUAUGCGGCCCAAGAGUCAUUCGGUCGUAAUACAGAUUUGCUGAAGCAGGCUCAGGCAAGCUUGUUGAGUGUUUAUGAGCGUCGACGAGCUGCUAGCGAUGAUGAGGUUUUGCUCCGUGAAAGAAAUGAAACUCAAAGGACGGAGGGCGACAUCUUAAGCGAGCUCAAGACUUUGGUUCACAAGGAGAAUUCUCCGGCAUUGGCGCUGUACACGGCUCAAGAGAUGAAACCGAUAGGCUUUCCUUUGGAUGACAUUUUGGGGCCGAUUGUUCUUCUUGCUCGGGUUGAGAAGGAUGAAAUCAACAGAAGUUUAUCCACGUUUCUUGGAGCCAGAUCCCUCCUGCAAGUCGUGUGCAAGACUUACAAAGGCAUACGAUGGUUGAGAAGCUCUGAUGCAAACGUGGACAACUCCACGGCCUUUUUAGCGUUUGUUCGCAGCAACAAGCUCUGGAUUCCAGAGAACUUUCCAGUAUUUUGUAUCGACGCGAUCAAGCAAUACAAGCGUAAGGAUGGGAAUGCCGCGGUAGAUGCUCAACAUCCUCAGAAGCUCCUUAACAUUCCACCGCCUGUUCUAUCCAAUGGCGAAAUCCCGGCUGGUUUCUUGGGCUAUGGAGUCAACUUUCUCUACUUGAGACGCGAGCACUUGGAGCUGCGCCAGAGCUUGUUCUACCAUGUUUUCCGGAAGCUACAAGUCUACAACACGGAGGAAAACAUGCUAAAUGCGUGGAACGAGAUGAGCAUGUCGUGCCAAGCAGUAUCUCUCGACGGGGGAAGGUGUGACAAAGGCCAAGUUCUUAUUGGAUCACGGAGAACAUUCGAAGUUCCAAGAUUUGCAAGUGUGCCUUGCGAAGAACGCGAGCAAUGCUCAUUGGUUCCAGCAGCAGCCUCAGCUUUCACGAGGAACAAAGAAUUUAUUCAGUGUCAGGCCAAGGUGGAGGAGUUACAAGCAGCAGCCUUGAACAACGAGAAGGAGCUCCAAGAGCUGGAAAACAAGAGGCAGGAGCUUGAGAUGAUGAUCGAGAAGUGGCAAAAACGUAUUCCAUCGGAUGUCGACAGUGAUGAUUUCUGCAAACAAAUGCAAGCUUUGCAAGAGCAAGCUCCAGACGCUGGCAGCAAAGGAACAUUGCAUAUCUACCUGGAAGAAAUCUUUGAGGAGAGGAUGAUUUCUCACACUUCUCGCGAACAUAGACUCUUGUCAAUAUGAUAUGGUUUGGACAGAGACUUUGAACAUAGUACAGCCCAAGGAGAGGAUGAUUUCUCACACUUCUCG